AUGUUAAAGGUUACAGGUGCUUGUGUUGGAAGGUCGUUUGCUUCUUCGUCUAAGCUAUUCGUGAGGCUGAGUUCUACGUCAUCUGGGAUUCCCUUGACGCAGAAGGCUGUCAUAUUCUAUGAGCACGGUGAUAAAUUACACUACAAGGAUAUACCGGUUCCAAAGCCAAAACCCAAUGAAAUCUUGGUUAAUGUCAAGUAUUCUGGGGUUUGUCAUACCGAUAUACAUGCGUGGAAGGGGGAUUGGCCAUUAGCUACGAAGUUGCCCUUGGUUGGUGGACAUGAAGGCGCUGGUAUUGUAGUGGCCAAAGGCUCGAAUGUUACGAAUUUUGAAAUCGGUGAUUAUGCAGGUGUUAAGUGGUUGAAUAAGUCAUGUAUGUCAUGUGAGUACUGUGAAACUGGGCAUGAGUCUAAUUGUGCGGAAGCAGACUUGUCAGGUUACACACGCGAUGGGUCGUUCCAACAGUAUGCCACUGCGGACGCUGUUCAAGCGGCGAAGAUUCCUCAAGGUACCGAUUUGGCGCAAGUCGCACCGAUACUGUGUGCUGGUGUUACAGUUUAUAAGGCUUUGAAAACCGCUAAUUUGGAUCCAGGUCAAUGGGUUGCGAUUUCUGGCGCUGGUGGUGGUCUAGGUUCACUCGCAGUUCAGUAUGCAAAAGCUAUGGGAUUGAGGGUUGUUGGUAUUGAUGGUGGAGCAGCGAAGGAUGCUUUGUUCAAGAAGUUAGGCGGUGAGGUGUUUAUUGAUUUUACUAAGUCUAAGGAUAUUGUGGCGGACAUUCAGGAAGCUACGAAUGGUGGUCCACACGGGGCUGUUAAUGUCUCUGUGUCUGAAGCGGCGAUUGUGCAAUCGGUUAAAUACAUCAGGCCAACUGGUACUGUCGUUUUGGUUGGUUUGCCCGCCAAUUCAUAUGUAAAUUCAGAAAUCUUCUCGCAUGUUAUCAAGUCGAUUAGUAUUAAGGGUUCUUACGUAGGCAACAGAGCUGACAUGAGAGAAGCUAUCGACUUCUUCACCAGAGGGUUGGUUAAAGCCCCAAUUAAGAUUAUCGGUCUUUCGGAACUUCCAACGGCUUACCAUGAGUUGGAAGCUGGUAAUAUGGUAGGUAGGUUUGUUGUUGACACAUCCAAAUGA